GCGAUGCUACUUCUUCCUUUUCUGAGAAGGUUGUUGUUCUUUGAAAGCAUGCUUUGAAAGGGUUUAUUGAUCUUGGGGUCGUAUGAAUUGAUCUGCUGUAUUUCUUCUGGUCAAUGGGCACAGUGCUGGAUAUCCUUCAUUGAAAACAGGCCACCGAAUCGGCCAGCAUUUACCAAUUUCCACCGGUAUUGCUUAGGUGCAAUCGACCAAAAUGGAAAGAGACCACCCCCUUCCAGAUGGACCUUUCGCAGGUUGGAAGCAUGGAGAUGUUGAGAAGCUCAUGUUCACAUUAGCCGCUGGAGCUACAGCAGUUGUUGGAUGUUUUCUCUACGGAACAAUUCGUUUCAUUGAAUGGUAUAAUGCGGAGCCAAUUCUACGCUAUUCUAUUGCUGAGCUCAAGGCACCAGAGGAGAAGAAGAUUUUGGAAAAUCCGAGCAUCAAGUCCGCCGAAUCCUCAAAUAUCCAAUGCUAUGCUCCAGCAACUGGACAAUUCCUAGGAUAUGUCACACCUUCAACGCCUGAAGAUAUCGAUAGAGCAAUUGAGAAGGCACAGGUCGCACAGAAGAAAUGGGCGCGAACAACAUUUACCCAAAGACGACAGGUACUACGAUCUAUGAUGACAUACAUAUUGGAUCACCAGGAUGAGCUUUGCAAGGUCGCAUGUUUGGAUUCAGGCAAAACCAUGAUUGAUGCCGCAUUGGGAGAAAUCUUAGUGACUGUAGAGAAGCUAAGCUGGACUUUAAAGCAUGGCGAAAAGGCAUUGAGUCCUUCUCGAAGACCUACGAACUUGCUCAUGAUGUAUAAGAAGAAUACGGUCCAAUACGAACCCUUGGGAGUUGUCGCUGCUCUAGUCUCUUGGAACUAUCCUCUUCACAAUUUGCUUGGUCCAAUAAUCUCUGCAAUAUUCUCUGGAAAUGGAAUUGUGGUGAAAGCAUCCGAAAAUACGGCUUGGAGUGCACAGCAUUUUUCUCUUGUUGCAAGAGGAGCAUUAUAUGCAUGUGGUCAUGAUUCCAAUCUGAUUCAAGUUGUUACAUGUUGGCCAGAUACCGCAAAUCAUCUUUCGUCACAUCCUGGGAUCUCUCAUAUAACUUUCAUUGGUAGUCGACCAGUCGCCAAAUUGGUAGCUGCGGCAGCAUCUAAACCUUUAAUUCCAGUCGUUGCCGAGCUUGGAGGGAAGGAUGCAGUCGUUAUCAUGAAUUCCGCAGUCAAAGAUCUUCCACGCAUCACCGAAAUCCUCCUUCGUGGUACAUUUCAAGCCGCUGGACAAAACUGUAUUGGUAUCGAACGAAUUAUUGCUCUUCCAGACGUUUACGACAAAAUUGUCGCAACACUCGAGCCACGGAUUCGAGCUCUUCGCGUCGGCUCUGCUCUCGACUCUACAGCAGAAUCGCCAGUUGAUGUCGGAGCGCUUAUUUCUGAUGCUUCAUUUGACCGACUCGAGAAAUUGAUCGCAGGAGCCGUCUCAGAUGGAGCUCGUCUAUUGGUUGGCGGUAAACGUUUCAAUCAUCCAGUCCAUCGCUCCGGACAUUACUUUAGUCCUACUUUAAUCGUCGAUGUCACCCCUGAAAUGGCCAUUGCGAACGAAGAGUGCUUCGGACCUAUUUGCGUCGUUAUGAGAGCCAAGAACCCUGAAGAUGCCUGCAAUAUCGCAAACCAACCUGAUUUUGGACUCGGUGCAUCAGUCUUUGGAUCCAAAGAUUGGGAAUUCAACGCUAUAGUCAAGAACAUCAAGGCUGGUAUGGUAGCUAUAAAUGAUUUUGGUGCAUAUUAUGCAGUUCAAUUACCGUUUGGCGGCGUGGCAGGCAGUGGAUAUGGAAGAUUCGCUGGCGAGGAGGGCUUGAGAGGACUUUGUAAUAUCAAAGCUGUCUGUGAGGAUCGUUGGCCAUGGUCUCCUGCUUGUACUGCUAUUCCUCCUCCACUUCAAUACCCGAUUCCGGAUACAACAAAGGGCUUCGCAUUUACGAAGGCAGUGGUGGAUAUUGGGUAUGGAGCUGGAGUGAAAGGUAAAUGGAGGGGAAUCAAAGUCAUGUUGGGGAUGAAUUAAUACGAGAUAGAGUAGUAAUAGAUGGAAUGGCGGGCUGGCUAUCGGCAUGGGUGGAGGUAUUUAUUUAAGGUGGCAAGUUUUUGAGUUAAUAUCAUAUGCAAGAUACCUUUAUGCGAAUACUUAUCAUGUACAUUUGGGAUAAUGAUCUUCGCAAGGGGAGAAAGAGGGAAUAGAAGAACCCAAACUAAAUCAAGAACCGAGACAAACGUAUAUUGUUUCCAAAUUGUUUUCAUGACUGGGAUUCUAACAAUGGAAUUCGCUUCACUCUAUGCAAAGAUUCUCUCGUU